GACGUAGUUUUCCCUUUCUUAGAUGCUCUCUCCGUUCUUGACCGAUACAUUUGGUGUUACGCGAUCUCUCGACACUCAUUCGGGAUCGUUCCGCUUCUCCCCCUCUAGAGAUCGGAACCCUAAUUUGGGGGCAAAAACCCUAGCCGCGAUCCAAGGAUUUCGAGACCUCUCGAUCCAAUCCGCAGAAGAUUCCCGCAGGGGUAUCGUUUUUUUUCGUUUAAUUGUUGAGAGGGAGGGGGUUUGAGGGUCGAGACACAUGAAGGAUCCCUCCGAUCGGACUAAGGUCGUGGUCCGGCGCUUGCCGCCAUCGAUGUCGCAACCCGUGCUGAUGGAGCAGAUCGAUGGGAGGUUUGCCGGCCGCUACGAUUGGGUGUGCUUUCGUCCCGGAAAGAAUAGCCAAAAGAACCAGAGAUAUACUCGAGCUUACCUUAACUUCAAGAUACCAGAUGAUGUGGUUGAGUUUGCUGAGUUCUUUGAUGGGCAUAUAUUUGUCAACGAGAAGGGUGCUCAAUUUAAGGCUCUUGUAGAGUAUGCACCCUUUCAACGUGUCCCAAAGCAUUGGUCAAAGAAAGAUGUUCGUGAAGGGACCAUAUAUAAGGAUUCUGAAUAUAUGGAGUUUCUUGAGCUUAUAUCAAAGCCUGUGGAACAUCUUCCUAGUGCUGAGAUUCAGCUGGAGAGAAAAGAAGCUGAAAGAGCUGGUGCUACAAAGGAAACACCCAUAGUAACACCUCUAAUGGAUUUUGUUCGACGGAAAAGAGCAGCUAAAAGUGGUGUUCAGAGAUCAUCUGGUAGUGGUAAAGUUAGCAGAAGAGCUUUAGGAGUUUCUGCGAGCAGCUCAAGUCCUUCCAAAAGAAGUUCCGAGAAGCGUAAAGUUUAUGUGUUAAAGGAUAGCACGAAAAAGGGGAGUGCCAAAGACAAACCAACAUACAUUUUAAUGUCAAGGAGAGAAGAUCAGCAGCUUACAGUGGAUAAAUCUGCUUAUGUACCUUCUCCAGGGAAAAAAGAAGCAUUAGAAGAUGAAUUUGCUUCUGAAACUUCUGAAUCUGGAAAAGGAAGAUUUGUGCUUUUGAAAGGGAAAGAGCAAGAAGUUUCUGAUGUGUCUAAGAGUUUGUUACAACAGCAUAUCAUAACAUCUUCGGUAAGAAAUUCACCAUCCUUAACAUCUAGACAGAACCAGGCAAGUGGAAGAAUCAUUAGGAAAAUACUCUCGAAGGAAGGGCAUGUGGAUCAGUCACAUGUAUCUGUGACCCAUCCUGAGCAGCAAACACAAGCGGUAAAUGUGGAGAAGGACAAGCGCCUGCCUCGGCCCCCCAGUGCAAUCUCAAAUACGAAAGAUUACAUUUCACGUAUUUCAUCACUUGCAUCUGUUUCUGAUGGUGAUGAUAAAAGAUAUAUAGUUGAUAAAUUUUCUGUAAACAAUAUACAAGGUUCCAUAUCAAUUAGUGAAAAGCACGAAAAGCGAACAAGGAAAAAGGAUAGACCUGAUCGUGGUGUUUGGGCCCCUCGUCGUCGUGCAGACAGAUCUCGAUCUGGUGAUGGAAGUCCAUAUGCUGAGGUGACUCAGAUGACGGAUGCUUUAGAAAGCAUAUCCAUUUCUCACCAGGCUGUUGGUAAAGUUGGGGAGGAGGACAUGGUUGUUCAAAAUGCUCGUGUUGGACGUGGCAGUAAUUUGCAUGCCGCCUAUGAAACAUCAUUAGGUCGUGUAGAAAGAAAAGCUGAUAUGUCUUCUGCAAGUAGAAGUGAAGAUAUGAAGAUGUAUGGAAGUGGACGAGUUGAUUUUUCUUCAUUGGAUAAUGGUUCUCAUAGGCAUGUUGGCCGCCGUGUGUCUGCACGUGGUCCAAAGGAAACGGAUAGCUCCUUGAGUCUUACGGAGGGAAAGAGUUUUAAAAGGGGUCCCACUGUCUACAGUUCCCACGAGAGACAAGUAUGGGUUCAGAAGUCAGGCUCAGCUUCGUGAAUCUUCUAGUGAAUGGUGAAGGAUAUAUGCAAUUAUGCACUAUUGCAGAUUUGUCAAUUGUGGCAACAUUUUGGUUGUGGGGCUCGGUCUAUCAGUUCUUGAUAAUGUUUGCAUGGCAGUUAUGCGGCUUUGGAUAAAUGCUGCUCGAAGGAUGCUGUUACCAAAUUGUUCCAUAUGGAAUUACAGCUAUAGCUCUAGUUGAAUCAAGAGCAGCAUGAUCUAAGGUAGCUAGGAAGUGAAAUAAAUUGGCUUGUGGGUCUGUGAGUUUCAAAAAAAUAUCGAGUUAUUUGGAUGGAAUCCUGUUGGCCAGCUGAUGGAAGAUUCGUCUGUCUUCUAUACCACUGAACAGUUUGAGCUGGCUAAGAUACUUUUCGCAUAGAGAUGUAAGCAAAGGCCCUUCUCAAGUAUAUUAUGCCAACGAGCAACUUCUCUUGGUAUAAACUGUAAAGAAUAGUUUGAGGAGGUCAGUGCUUCUUUCUGGCCAUUGUUUAUAGGUUUGAAGAGCGUUGUACGACUCACUGCUUCAUGGACUACUUGGUCUGGUUAGUACUUAUACAGUAGUGGGAGAAUCCCCGUUUUAAGCACCCCAAGUAUUACCAUUUGUUGCUGUAAAGUGUAAUGGUGAAACCGGCUUAGGGUGGAUCGGUCUGUCAUCAAGGUCUGUUUUGGAGUAUUUGAACGAGUUGAUUGAGGCAUAAAACUCGGGUUUUGUGACUUGGUUUAUGCUGUUAUACUGCUAAAUCUAAGAUGGGUUUUAUUUCAA